AUGGCUGGUAAACUCUUAGGUAUUCCAGACGGUGAAUUGCUUCAUAGUUUUCCACAACAAUUUAUAACACGUCUUGUUCAAGCUGGUUCCAACUCACAUCAAUCCAGACGAGUGACAACUUAUAAAUGUGCGUGUACAGUUUCUCAAGCUCGAGAACAACGUGAUUGUUUUGUAAAGGCUUUAUACAAUAGUCUAUUUCAUUUCAUGGUCGAGUUAAUAAACAAACAGUUGAAUUUCGAUAAUACUGAAGGUGUUGUUAAUGAAUUGGGUAUCCUUGAUCUAUUCGGUUUUGAAUGCUUGGAUGUAAAUAGUUUCGAACAGUAUUGUAUUAAUUAUGCUAAUGAACGUUUACACCAAACGUUUAUGCGUAUUGCUGUUACGAAUGCAUGGGUGGAAUUAGAAGAGGAAGGAUUAUCUUUUCAAUCUGUAGAUAAUUUGUUGCCAACUGAUACUACCACCACCGCCAACGUUACCAAUACUACUAAUAUGAAUAUUACUGAUAAAAAUAUUGAUGAAUACAAACCCCGGUUAGAUUCAUCAUUGGAAAAAUGUUAUAAUACACAUACUGUGAAAGCCAUAGAAACAAAUGCCAAUUUAUUAGAAGAAGUUUGUCUUUUAAAUCGUGUUCACAAUGUGAAUUCUUCCAUGAAAUUAUCUUCAACUAUAUCCUCUAAUCAGCUAUUAGAUCCACGUGAAUUAGAUUGGAUUAAUAAAAUGCAAUCAGUGUUUACUACACCCAAUUGUUCAAUUUGUUUAUAUGAUGACCAGAUUGUUCGAUCACCUCGUAUGACCAAUACUAAGAAACAUACACAACCAACAUCUUGUCAUGUAAUCAACAAACAAACAACUUCUAAACCAUCUCCGUCAAAAUUUAAGACUUAUUCAAAAUCAGCAUGUGAUCGUUUCAUUGUGAAACAUUAUGGUGGAUCUGUUACAUACUCUGUUUCAGGCUUUGUGACUAAAAAUCUUGAUCGUCUACCAGUACAUUUAUUGACAUGGGUAAAAGACUCUUGUACUACUACACUUGAUGGUGACAAUAAUAAUCCUCCUACUACAAAUAAUAAUAAUAAUCUUAUCUAUUUAAUUCUAAGUCAUGCAUUAGAUACAAUUAUGAAUAAUAAUUCAAAGCAUCAAAUGAAAAGUUCAGCACAGAUACGAUCACCCUUACGACAAAUAAACAUUAUUAAUGAUAAUCAAAUAAAUAACAGUUCAUGUAAACAACUCAACUCAUCAAUUGUAAAUAACAUUUCAGGCGAUGAUCAGCAUAAUGUGAAUAAUUCCAUUUCUCCUACAAAUAAUCGAUUGAAUGCUAACAAUACACGUCGUUUGAAUACCGUAUUUGGUAAUUUUAAAUCAUCUGUAGAUCAACUGCUUGAUUGUCUCAGUUGUCAUAAUUUAUUUUUUAUACGUUGUAUUCGACCGGAUUUACCUUCUGGAAUCAAUUGUUCAACUAUCAACUCAUUAUCCAUUAUUGAUCGUAAUUAUGUACAAGAUCAACUUUUAACUAGUGGCCUUUUAGCUGCAUUGGAAGUUUUACGUUCAACAUACUAUGCAAAGUAUACAUACAAGGAGUUUAUUAGUCAAUACAGAGUAUUUUGGCAAUUAAAUCCUCAUCCACCAGCUAACCAAUUAAUGGAAACUGAAUUCUCUUUAUUAAAUUCAUGGUAUCUUAAGUUAAUUCAACUAACUCGUUCAACAUCUAAACGAACUCAACUUAAAUUACGUCGAGAAACAAGUGAAUCAACCAUUCAACAACAACAACAAUUUGUUCUUAUUAUGUUAACACUUGGAUUAAAUAUAAUUCCAAUUAAUUGUUAUUAUGAAGCAUCAGUUUUAAAUAAAGAGAAUUUAGAUAUUUCUAAACAAAUAUCUAUACAAUUUCCAAUUAUUCAUCAAUUUGGUCGUACAUGUAUUCAUUUAACAAAAAGUCAAUUUCAACAUUUAAUUACCUUGAAAGAAUUCAUGUUAAAUCGUAAUGUAAAAGUGAUACAACGUUUUCUUAAAAGAUGCCUACGAUAUAAAGCUGCUGCAUGUCGAAUUCAACAUUGGUGGCGAAAAAUACUGAACUAUCGUAAGAAUAUAUCUUAUGAUCAAUUACAUAGUAUAAAUCUUGUAUCUUCCUUGUCUAAUAAUGAUAUUAUUAAUAACACUACUAAUCAACCUGAUUAUAAAUAUACUCUCAAUUCAAAUAUAUCGACUAUUGAAACAACACAAUUAAAAGAGGAGAAAACUGUCCAAUCUAUAUUAUCAUCAUCACGACCGCGAUCGUCAUCGUCGACAUUCAUCAUAGAAUCAGUUGAUCAUUGGCCAACAUAUCAACAACAUAUUCUAUCACGUCGAUAUUUACCAAUCAGAAAUGAUCAUCAUCAUCAUCAUCAUACAAUAAUACUUUGCCAAUCGAAUAAUAAUAAUAAUAAUAAUUUAAUUAAAAAACAAUCCAUUUUAUUAAAUUAUUUAAUACCAUAUUCGCAUAAAAAUCAUAUUUUGAAAUUUUUUGAAACUAUAGAACAACCUAUUCAAGGUAUUUAUGAUAUUUUAUUGUAA